AAAGCUGUAAGGAUUUCCCAUCGUGCGCAUUGUAAAACUGAGCUUCCGCCUUUUAGAGCAAACCUCCAACAUGGGGGCUAAGAAAGCCGAUCCAAAGGCGUCUGGAAAGGGAGGCAAGACCUCCGCAAAGCCCAAGAAAGAGGGAUCUGGUGGAAAGGCUAAGAAGAAGAAGUGGUCGAAGGGAAAAGUCCGCGACAAGCUGAACAACUUGAUCCUCUUCGACAAGGCUACCUAUGACAAAUUGUACAAAGAGGUUCCCAGCUACAAGCUCAUCACCCCUUCUGUUGUGUCUGAAAGAUUGAAGGUCAGAGGUUCCCUCGCCAAACAAGCUCUGCGAGAACUCCACGGAAAAGGUCUUAUCCGAUUGGUUUCUAAACACAGCUCUCAGAUGAUCUACACAAGAGCAACCAAGGGAGAUAAGGAAGAGGCUUGAAAUGUUCAAUUUUCAAUAAAUUCGAAAAACUAA